AUGCUACCGGUGAAACAAAUACUUACCAAUCCAUUCUUUGUUACCGUAUGGCUGUUAUUCGUGUCCGCUGUGUUCAUUUUCUAUUUUACGUACAUCCUGCUAAAGCGAGAAAAUUACCGGUUCGUACAGCGAAUGAAAGUCGCUGAGAACUUCAACGAUAUUGUUGAAUUGUACUACAAUUUGAUGAAAAAGAGGCUAUGCCAUUUCUACGAGCGCUCCGACUAUCCCACCGAAACCAUUAUUCUAUCGCACGGCACCGAGAUGAGCAUCCCGGAGACUCUGAGAAUGAGGCAGUUCCUGAAGAAAGAAAGCUUUGAUCGCCUUGACUACGAGUAUUUCUCCAAAAAAAUGAAGGAGUUAAUACAAAUAAACUUUGAUGGACACGAUAAAAAGUGUAUAGAUGAUGUGGGAUGCUACAAAAUACUCAAGCACAAAAACAUUCUGCAAAGAGCGGUAUCAAAGAUGUUCCAGAACCUAUUUAUUUGCAAAGUUGAUCGCGUGCUAGACUUCUUGUUCAGUGAGAGGAAUGUUUGUAAAAUUCAUAAGGUGUUCAUUGUGUACGUUCUGACCGGCCGCAGACUCAGGUUGCACAGCCUUGGUAUAGAUUUCAUCGAUGAAAUUGUUGUUCGCAAUCAAGUUUUAGAGGUAGAGUUUAACAAAUUUGAGAUGCUUUUCAUGUGCAGCUACAUAUUUGGCAAGAUAUUCAGGAAAAGAAAGUAA